AGUCACUGCCUAGAUAUUGCCUGUACUGACAUCCAGAUUUGCGGUUGUUGUGUACUCCCCUAUAUUAAAGGAAAGCAGGUGAGAUUUUGGACUAGCUUCAAGGGAACUGAGAAUCCAGGACCAAUCAGAAGGCCACGCUGUAUUUCUUUUUCUGGAUCAAAAUUAGAAGUGUGGAUUAGCAUAUAUUGGAAUACAGAGUGUACUGAGAAUAGAGAUAAAAGACUUGAAUUCAACUUUUUCUAGAUUCUUUAAUAUUGAGAGAGAAAAGAGAUGAAGUUACAGGUUCAGCAUAUGAUUGAGGUGACCUCACUUUUCCUUCUCAAGAUCACCAUGCUCAAAGCCACUACUCCAACAUCCACUCCCAGUCCUAGACAGCCUGCAAAGGGUGAUCCUGUCUGCAAGGGACCUAUCCUCUGUCCGAUCUGUCCUCCAGGACCACAGGGUAUUCCAGGUGUUGCUGGUCCACCGGGUCUACCUGGUAGAGACGGUCUGAACGGUGUACCAGGUCCUUCUGGAGUACCAGGACUUAAUGGCCCAAGAGGCGACAAGGGAGACAGGGGAGACCAUUGCUGGGGAUGUUGUGGAUUCAACACAGCAGGAGGUCCAAGUGCAUCCAAUCCAAGCACUACAUGGUGGAGAACCCUCCCUCCACAAAGCCAGAUGUUCCGAUCUGCAUUCACAGCGGUUAGGACAUUCGACCUUCAUGGGCAUGGUGAUGCUCCCAAAGAUCUGAACUUCAAUCUUAUCCUGGCUAAUGUCGGUGAUCACUUCAACAAUAAGACCGGCCACUACAAAUGCGCCUUUAAUGGAACAUACUUCUUCUCCUUCAGUAUCGGACAUAAUCGUGACACCCUUGUCAUCCUCGUGAAAAACGGCCAGAAGACAGUCGGCAUACAUGGGGACUCCAGCAACCAUCUGAGACAGUCUUAUUCAAACAGUGCUAUCAUUGACUUGGUUGUGGAAGAUGAAGUUUGGCUCCAGAUAGAACCAAGGCACGCAGUAAGUGGAACUACUGACCGUUUCACCAGCUUUACUGGGUUUCUUCUCUAUCCAGCUUUGCCAACCAGUGAUUGAAAUUUAUAACCCAAAAGUUUUUUGUAGCACCCAUGGGACUGUAAGACUGUAUAAUGAAUUAGCUACAAUUUUCACAGAUCACUCUUUAAGUUCACCUGAAUACAUUUUGCUUUCAGAUGACAAAGACUCUUCUGUUUUAAUGAUUAUUUGAGAACGAUAAAAAUCUGCAACUUAGGUGCCCAUUGGCUAAUCUAACAACAUCUGAAUCUGAGUGGAUAAUUUACAUGUAUUACCAUCAUGUAUGGUGUACUCCCUCUGAGAGUAAACCUGAACACUACUUUUGGUUUAAGUGCUUGAUAACUAAAGACGUACUCUAACACAAAUAUUCCUUGCUCGACGACACAAGUCCAUUACCCUCACCGAGCAGCUUAUGAAAGAUUACACAGAGUAAUUUGCACUUAAAUUGGCAAACAAAUUCAAGGGUUAUAAAUAUACAUGUAUUUCACGAACUUCCCCAAAGUAGGAUGUUGCUAAGACCCCUCAUUUUCUAAACAUAAACAUGACAAAUUUCGGUUUGUGUUCCCAUUUAUUUUUCUGGAUUACUUUGAAAGGGUUUUAGAAAACAAUUUGAAGUGACAAUGCCCUUAUAGGUAUUUACAGGCCCAAGUACGAUGGUAACAUAGAUUGAAAUCAGGGAAAGUGAUGCCUUUGCCUAAUUCACGGCAUAGGCAGGAUAAUAACUCAAAAAGAUGCAAAUGAUGACAAUGAUGAUCAUGGACUGCAUUUACAUUUAUUAUGUUAGUAGUUUCUGUUACAUUCUGAUAAGGAUACAUCCUUCUUAGGUUUAGCCUCUUACUAUAGAAACUACAUCAUACGUACAAAUCCGAUAAUGUUGUGUGAUCAAUUUUGUUUGGGUUUAGGUAUACAUGUAGGUUGUAGUUAUGACAUAAAUUUGGAUGAAGGUUGUAAUGGCAUGACAUACCAUAUCUUCUAAACUUUCACGUACCCAAGCAUAUGUACUGAUUAUAUAAAACAAUCUCCCACGCCUCAUUUAAUACUCAUUAUGCUAUUUUGCUUGGGUGUUUUCAUCAACUUCUACAUGAUGAUUUUAACGUUUAAAUAAUGUGAUACUGUGACUGUUUAGAUUGGUAAUAAAGAUAUGAAACCCCAAACAAUUCAAAAUAUGACAAGCAAAUAUAUUGGUUAAUAUAUAUGUCACUUGCUUAUGACAAACAAAUAUUUUGGUUAAUAUAUAUGUCACUUGUUUAUGACAAGCAAAUAUUUUGGUUAAUAUAUAUGUCACUUGAUUACUUUUGUCAAGGUAAGACAAAAUAAGCACAUUAAUUUCCCAAUCUGAGGGCAUCUACAUGUACAGCAUACAGAAAACACUCUCGCAAAAGUGUACUUACCUUGUAUAGGAUUUGUAACUCUGAUAAGAUUUCCUUCUGAGCUUCGGGGGUGAUAUCCAGUGGUAUAACCUGGUGAAAGGAUAAAGCGUAAAGGAUUAAUUCACUUAUUGUACAGAUAUAUGCAGUGUCAGAAGGAUACUAAAUUGGGCAAAUAAGAAUAGAAAUGUAAGGAAUAAUAAUGACUGUUACUUGUAUAGUGCAUAUCAUUCAUAUAGUUUCUACACACUUUAUAAAGAUAUAGAGAUACCUUAAAAUGGAGUUUGUCUCACUUUUCUGGUGUAACAUUCAUCAGAAAAUUAAGGAUUUAUUGAAUAAAUAAUGUUUUCAAAAUAAAUUAUGAGAUUGAAUUCAAGACAUGAUUUAUUAUCUUAUCAGUGACUUUUCAAAGCUUUGUGCAAAACAUUAUGCUGAACUCACAUGCUCACUUCUGACAUGUACAUACAUGUGCGACGUUAUGUACAUGCACAUAACAUUGUACAAUUUUCAAAACUCUACAGACUUCAAUUCCCCUACAUGUACAAAACUAUCACAAUUUCUUCUUUCAUAUAGUGGACAAUAGUGUAAUAUGUAUAAUGUAUUACAUGUGUUUUAGGUUACAUAUAUGGUGACCACAUGUCCAAUACUGUAGAAGAAUGCACACAAAGUUUAUCACAUGCUAUGUAUAUAGCUUGAUUAUGUUAUAUCAGUCAAUUUUUCAUGUCAUAGUCUUGUUCUGCAAUUGUGUAGAAAUUUCAUUUGUAUAUUGUAUAAAUGUCUGACAAACUUUGAUACAUUUUGUACUUUAACAUCAGCUUCUGGCAUACGUGUGAUCAAUAAAUGAGUGUUG